GUUUAAUUUUCAGGCUCAUUAUCGCGGCAUUUUUUCCAGAUUGCGUUUCAUGUCGUGAAUAAACAUACUUAUCUAUUUAUAGUCGACGCGUUCAGUUGUUGUCCGACUUGUGGCUCGUGCGCAUCGCACUAUAAGUGCGUGAUUAGUGCUUGUUCAUUGAUUGUCGAUAGUGCGUGCUCCAACAAACCACGAGACUUGAUCGAAAAGUGUUUACUUAUACCAAUUUAUCGCAAUCAUGUCGAAUUCUGCAUCGUUGGCAUAUGGUACGUUUGAUGCGCGUCCUUCGCACAAGGAUCGCCUCAGUAACAUUUGGAAAGAAUUUUCGCACGUACCCGCAUUAGCCCUGAUAGUUUUAAUGCUUUGGGCAGUUGGUUAUGCGUUAUUCGGCAAUGAAAUUAUUGGAAUUCAUAGCCAACUAUUUAGUUUAGCGGUGCUGUUUAUAUCAGCAAAAAUAGUUGGGUAUAUUUUUGGCCAAGCACGCUUACCACCCAUGAUUGGCAUGUUGUUAAUGGGAGUUCUCUUAAGAAAUGUAAACUUUCUUGAAAUUUCCGGCGGAUAUCGAAAGUUUGCAGCCGUUCUUCGACAAUUAGCACUGGUAAACAUAAUGCUUCCAGCCGGUUUAGGGCUAGAUCCCAAGGCGCUGAAGAAACUUACCGGGAUGAUUCUCAACUUAUCGAUUGUUCCCGUCGCUGCUGAAGUAGGAGCUCUCACGCUGACAGGGUACUACCUCCUGGACUUACCACUCAUCUGGUCGGCACUUCUUGGACUAUUGUUGGCAGCGGUCUCACCGGCGGUGAUCAUUCCAUGCCUCUUCCAACUGCAAGAUGAAGGAUACGGGGUCGACAAGGGUAUCCACACGUUGGUCAUCGCGGCGUCUACCUUCAACGACAUCAUUUGCAUCGCGUUGUUCGGAAUACUUAUUGGGGUGAUCUUUAGCACCGGUACUCUGUUAAUGCAGGUAUUACACGGACCGAUUGUGUUGGCUCUCGGGUUGACUUACGGAAUUAUUUGGGGUUUGGUGUGUUCCUACGUACCGAAUGUAAAACACGAAUAUGCCGUAACCCUGAGAACUUUACUUUUGAGUUCUGGGUGUGUACUAUCCGCUUUGGGAAGUGAUGCUAUCGGUUACGGUGGAGCAGGUGCUCUCGGAUGUAUCGUAGCUGCGUUUGUUGCAAGUUUAAAAUGGCGGUCCGAAGGUUGGGACAAUAAUAAUCCUGUGAGAAUGAACUUUAUCUUGCUGUGGAAGUUCUUCGAACCGAUAUCAUUCGGUUUAAUCGGCAUGGAAAUCAACUUUUCUGUCCUUGAAGGUGAUACAGUCUUGUACGGCACGAUCGCAAUGACCGCCGCACUGAUAAUACGAAUGGUUGUUUCGUUUGCAUGCACGCAAUGCACUAACUUCAAUUUGAAGGAACAUAUAUUCGUCGCGACGUGUUGGAUACCAAAAGCUACGGUUCAGGCCGCGUUGGGACCAAUGGCUUUAGACCUCGCAAGGGACAACGACGACCCCACAUUUACAACAUUCGCGAAUACUAUGGUAAUCGUAGCGGUGAUGUCAAUUUUAAUCACAUCACCAAUCGGCGCUAUUCUUAUCAUGCGUUUGGGCCCAAAGUUUCUUCACAAAAGCGAAGGAAACUUCUUGGACACCAUUCCAGCGGCUGCUCCUCAGGAAAACCACGAAACUGCUACUUAAGUACUUAAAUCUACCUCAAAAACUCAAUUUUCAAAAGAUAUAUUUUAUAUACAAUUGUAUUAAAUUCCAUUUAAAUAAAAAUAAAACGCCGGAUACUUACAGUGAUCAUAUACAAUGAUCAUCUCCUGUAUCUGUAGCGUUUGAAAUGGAACCACA